GAAGAACUCUCAACUAGUGAAUGUUGACUAGCUAGCUAUGAACAUUAACUUAAAGCAUUCACUCUCACACACACGGUCAACACUCAACACACAACCAAAACAAUGUGUACAUUAGAAAAACGAGGAUCGCUCUUCAUUCUAACCCUAACCACCGACGACGACGACCAACACCGUCUCAACCCCACCCUCAUCUCUUCCCUCCUCACCGCAAUUACCCAAAUCAAGUCCCAAGCCACCGACGGCUCCGCCCUCGUCACCGCCGCGCACGGCAGAUUCUUCUGCAACGGAUUCGACUUCGACUAUGCCCGGGCUGCCGGCUCCGUCACCGGAUCCCGCACCCGCCUCCGACACAUGUCCGACUCCCUCCGGCCUGUUAUAGCAGCGCUGUUCUCCCUCCCGAUGCCCACUGUCGCUGCCGUCUCCGGUCACGCCGCCGCUGCCGGGCUCAUCCUCGCCUUGGCGCACGACUAUGUCGUCAUGAGGAGCGACCGCGGCGUACUCUACUUGCCGGAGAUGGACCUCGGGAUCACGCUUCCUGACUACUUCGCCGCCGUGGCGAGGGCGAAGAUCGCGCCGGUGCAGGCGAGGCGCGAUUUAGUGUUGAGAGGGGUGAAGGUUAGAGCGGUGGAGGCGCUGGAGAUGGGGAUUGUGCACUCGGCGCACGAUAGCGCGGAAAGCACUGUUGAGGCUGCGAUGCGCCUGGGGGAGGAGCUGGCUGGGAGGAAGUGGGUGGGUGAGGCUUAUGGUGAAAUCAGGAAGAGUUUGUACCCUGAAGUUUGUAGUGUUUUGGGUUUGACUCUCAAACCUGUUAUCUCCAAGAUAUGAUUUUCUCAGAAUUUGAGUCUGUUUUAUCUCUAUACUACUAUUGUUUUUGUAAUGGUAUGUAUAAAACAUAAACAAAUGCAUGUAUCAAAGUAUGAAAUCUUGAAAUGUGAUCAGAAACAAGGAAAAAACUAUUAUUAUGGUGUA